AUGAGUGGGAUCUACGUUCCUGUUCCUUUGGAGCCUCAGCCUGAAGUGUCUUCUCUUUCAGAUACUGUUGAGGGUUCCUCCCAGGUUGUUCAGCGUAUGUUUGGGGGACUUAUUCCCUUCUCGAAGAGAUUCUCCCUCUCCGUCUCCCUGCGACCCGCACCAGAUCUAUAUGGCCCGUUCUGGAUUAUAGUGACCUUAGUUUUUUCAAUUGCCUUUUCUGGAAGCAUCUAUGAGUAUAUGAUAUCGAAAAACGCGUCCGCGCUCUCAACGUUCAAUUUCGGUCGGGCUACCAUAUCGGCCGCUAUCCUCUUUGUAUAUUGGUGUCUCGUCCCGAUCAUUUUAACAUCUUUAACAUGGUUUAGAGGACGGAAUGCUUAUUCUGAUGCACAAGGCACUGGCAAGGUGCCAGAAUUCAGUUUUGGUUCGCUGUUCAGUGUCUUGCUUGCGAUCUAUGGCUACUCAAUGGUUUCUUUCAUUCCUGUCGCUGCUGCUAUUGGUCUCCUUGUGUUGAUCGUAAUUGCCCACAUCGCAAUGACUGCAUCCUUAUUCGUUGUCUUCUUCCAUCAACCACCUCUUGAACCCAAACCGGAUUUGGGUGUGCAAGCCUCUGAUGCAAACGCUCUUAACAAUCCGACGCUACAAGAAACCAUCAGAGCUGGAGUCGCAGGAGAUCAGAAAGAUGCAUCACCAAAAGAAGCUCCAAUCAAGCCUGCGAAAGACAUCGCGGAAAAGAAGGCUGAGAAGGAUAACCCAAAGUCUGACUAG